AGUUUCACGGUAGGAAUUGACUAAAUAAUGCAAAAUUAUUUGAUUUACAAUAUUUUUUUUCUCAAUAAGUACGUGUUUCCGCAUAUUGAAACUUUGUGUGUGUGCUUAUAAAAAUGUAAUCUUUCUGUAAAAAUACGUAUCAACACCAAACUCGACUGACGUCAAUGGAAAGUCGUACCAAAACUAUUAUUUUAAAAAUUAAUUAUUUAUCAUUUUGAAGAAUGGAGGUCAAGUCUGAAUGUGAAUGAUAAACAAUUCCCUAUGUUUUUAUUUCAGAUGAUACAGUUCAAAUAAAAGGUGCAUCACUUAGUGUGAUAUUUGAUCCGCCACACCUUAUAAAAGGUAUAAGGAAUAACUUUUCAACAAAACACAUAAUAACCGAUGUCAAGGUAUCCAAAUGGCAAGAUAUUGUUGUGUACUAAACAGACUGCAAGCAUAUGCAAUCUCGCUUGUUACACAAACUAAAUGAUGAGGAUGUGAUUCCCAAGAAAGUAAAAAAAUGAAGGUUAAGAAUUGUGUCCGGGUUUUUAGUAAAACUAUGGCAGCAGCUUUAUCAUAUACUGCUGAAUUCUCUCACUACACCGAUGGCAGACCCGUUAGCAAAACUUUAAAAAACACUUCGAAAACUGUAUCAUUUCUGGAUGAUUUAUUCGAUAGUGUAAAUGGCUCUUCUCUUGACCACAAGAAAUGUGGUGGAAAACCUUUAAGGAAGGCUGUUACUGAAAACUCAGAGCAUCACAAGUUUUGGAGGGAUGCAAAGAAAAAAAUUGAUAAUAUUAAAUUUAUUGACAAGCGAAAUGAAAAGUCCGUGCCUACACUAAAAAAUUGGCUGACAACAAUUAAAAGUUAUGAAAGAGUGUGGCAAGUUUUACAUAAAAAAAAAUAAAAAUCAUGCGGCCUCUAUAUUUUAAUUCUGAUCCAAUUGAAAACUUUUUUGGGCGAGUAAGGUCGUAUAAUUUUCGUAACAAUGAUCCAACCUGCCAUACUUUCGUUAGUACUUUUAAAUCAUUAUUAAUUACAGGCCUAAUUAAAUUUCAUUCAGAAACCUAUAAUUGCGAAGAUGAGACUUGCUAUCAGUUGAUAAAAGUGCAGUCUUUAUUUAGAAAGAGUUCUGAAGGGAUAAACUGUAACACAUCAAAUAUCAGACAGGAUGUUGAAUGUACUGAAGAGAACCUUUUCAUUGAAAAUAUUCAAGUGCAGGCAGCAAGAGAGCGAUUAAAUGUUCACUCAACAGCAUAUACCACUGGAUGGGUUAUUAAAAAAAUACUUUGCAGAAUAAAUUGCCAAGAAUGUGAGACCAGUUUAUGUACUAAAGUAGAUGGUGAUGUACAUAAAUGGAUCUCACAAAGAGAAUAUAAUGCAAUUAAGCAAAGAAAGCUGACCUAUCCCUCGGAAUAUGCUGUAAGGCAUUUUAAUUCAAUAAUAAAAGAAACAAAUAGAUACUUGGAAUAUUGUGCUCACCACGAAAAUGUAAGCCAAGAAAUUAAAAAACUUAUAAAAACCAAGUAUCUAUUUGAAUACAAUAAUUGUAAAAGCCAUAAAGAUAUUGUACUUGAAUAUUUUCUAAUGCUUUCUAUUAAACUGUGCAUUUUCAACUGGUGCAACAUAAUUAAUAGGAUUCUCAAAGGCACGGACAUAGAGUCGAAAAGCGUACAUUACCACCAAUGCAAAGAAAAGCACUAAACAAGUUUAAAAAAAAGUUGAAAAAUAAAUCAUAUUAU